AUGAUCUUUAGACAAGGCAAAGAAACAAACUUGGCGUUAGACGAAGUAGCCCAAGAUACACAAGUGUACCAAUGCCUCGUAGGUGUAUAUGCUCAGUGGCAUCUUAUCAGGACAGGGAGCACAUGGCUCACCGAUAUGGAGUUUCUGAAUCCUACACAUAGUCAGGGCAUCGAUCCAUGGAGUGACAAAGGACUCAACAUCAAUCCAUGGGGGGGUAUACUUAGACUCCUCAAUGGCUUUGUGAAGUUUCUUGAUUCCUACAAGGAUUCAUGGAUACGUAAACUCCGGUUACAUUAUGAUGAUAAUCAUCAUGGUGAGUCUUACGUACCCCAAUGGAUUGAUGUUGAGUCCUCUGUCACUCCAUGGAUUGAUGCCGUGACUGUGCGUAGGAUUCAGCAACUCCAUAUCGCUGUGCUAACCGUCCUGAUAAGAUGCCACUGA